AUGUCGCCUUCCAUCGUGGAGGGUCUACAGAAGCUGGCUGAGGCCAGGCCGGAGAUGGACGAUGCGAAAACCCACGAAGCAAAGAUAGACGAUGCAGAUCAAACGCCAGAGCCAACACCUGCAUCAGGAACAGCGGGCAAUCCUUCAACACCAGAAGAGCCGAGUCUUGAGGAGCCUGCUGUCGGAAACCCCAUCACCCACAGUCAGAUACUGGAUCUAUGGAGGAACCUCAAGCAAGAAGGGGUCGAUGGCUUCACCCUGGAAAGCUUGCUGCGAGGAUCAAAGGUGUACAUCCCGCCGCCACCACCAAAACCUGAACCGUCCGACGAGUACAAGGCCCUCAUGGCCCGCCUACGACGCGAAGAGGAAGAGCGAACCUACCAGCGCAUGUUGAAGCAGCCCUCCCGAAUGGAAGCCUUCUCGCAACAAUUUCCGAACGCCUCUUCCAGGGCACACGUCUUCGCCGAGGUCAACCGGCCGAUGCGCGAAUCCGACAACGGCGACGACGAAGUUACAUUCGGCGAUGUUCAAAAGCAGGUCAUGGUCAUUCUCAACUUCCUUUUGAGCGUCGUCGGCGUGGGUGCGACAAUCUGGAUCGCGGCUCGCUGGUGGAGCCUCACAUCUCGCAUAUUCUUGACUAUGGGUGGAUGCAUCGUGGUGUUGAUCGCUGAGGUCGCCGUGUACUCUGGCUACGUCUGGAGAAUGACAGAGGCCAAGGCGAGUCGGAAGGAGCCAAAAGAAAUCAGGGAGGUGAUGCAAACAUGGGUCGUGGGCCAAGACGAAAAGACGGGCGACGGGGACACUGUGUUGCUCGACACGAAGACGCAAGAUACGGACGAGGCCCUCGAGGUUUUCAUCCGAACAAUGGAACAGCCUGAGGAGACUGAAGUCUCCUCAAUUUCACGCGAUAGUUCUCGUCCAACAACCGAGAAACGACGCGCCUUGCGAACAUACAGCAAGCGGUCGCGAGCAACCGAAGACGAACCAACCUCGAAGCCGGCCAAGAAACAAAAGAUCGUGAUUGAAGAUGUCCUCGCGAAACAACCAGAGCUCCCUCGCAUCCCACCCCCGCCCCCGGCACACACGAGCAACAUCCCCAAGAGCUCCAUCCUCAGCUACUUCAAGCCCUGCCGCUCUAGCUCAGCAACGGAACCCUCAGAUCCCUCAGAUCCUCUGUCCGACUCGGAGAAGCUAAUCGACACGCCCCCUUCAUCACCACCGAUUGUUAGAAGGAUACGAGAGCCAAGGAGACUGCGCCUGCGACACAGUCUGCCUUCUUCAGAUGGCGAUGAUGCCGAGGCCGACAAGCUAGACAAGGACAAGGACGAAGAGACGGCGAUACGGGUCACGCGGUCAGGUCGACGAGAAGGAAAGCAGCUGCAAGAGGCGAAGGAAAGCAAGUUAAACGCACAGAAGGAGAGUCCCAAGGCGAAGUCGGAAGAAGCGACAGCCAAACCAAAGGCAAGGUCGAAGCCGGUUGCGACGAUACAGACAACCAUCAAUAUCUCGUCAAAACCCACAUUCGAGGAGUGCAAGAUAUGCCGGAUGGUAUACAACCCACUGCACCCCCCUGAUGUCAAGUUUCACAUGCAAACGCAUGCUGCGCAUCUCCGCAAAAAGGCGAAGGCAAGGGCAUAG